AUUUGGGAAUCAUUUAAGUAACAAACGACCGUCCUCAUUGCAUGUAACCACAGCUAAUGCCGGCAAAUUGAUACCGACAAUUGUGACGUCACAAAAAAAACCACAACACCACCAACAAAAACAGAAAAAUCAACACAAACAAAUGACAGCGAAACGUAAAAAUUCAAAUUCUAAUGAGAUCAACAACACCAGCAGCGCGAACACUGCAGCGACAGAAGCGCCACCUGCCAACACGAGGACGACAACAACAACAGCGCCAGCAACGGCUGUCGGCACCGUGACGUCAGCAAACAGCGGCACGAUCGCUGCCAAUAAUGGACCCUCACCGCCGGCAAUAGCGCCAACGAGGCGAGAACCAAACAUCAGCACCAGCAGCAGCAAAGAUGAUAAUGAGACUGAUGUGAUCGGCGAGCUAGUGGGACAUUUCGGCAAGUGGCAAUGCCUGAUGACAAUGUUAUUGUCAUUAUUUCAAGUGCCCAACACAUUUCACAUAUCGUCGCCAGUGUAUCAGGCGAUCAACAAAAAUUUCUGGUGCAGUCGACCGCCACAUUUGCAGAAUUUGUCGGUGGAUGUGUGGCGCAAUCUGAGUGAUUCACAGGACAAUUGCUUUCAGGCGAACAUCGACUGGAGUCACGUGCGAAACGAUAGCAUAGAGAUGCAGCCAGCGUUGCAACAACUUAACCGGCAGCAACAGCAACAGCAGCCACAUGGCAGUUUGCCACAUGAGCCCUCAGCGGUGUCUGCAUUUCAACACUAUCUUAUCUCACCGCUGGCCGUCGUCCAAAAUGCCACACGCAUCCCCUGCUCGGCUUGGGAAUAUGACAACGAUGACAAUUUGGGCAACACAUGGACUUCACAGUGGGAUUUGGUGUGCGACAAGGAGUACUUUAAGAAUGUGGCAGAAAUGUUCUUUCUAUUGGGUGUGGCAACAGGUGGCAUUUUAUCGGGCUAUUUGUCGGACAAAUUUGGCCGCAAAAAGAUGCUCUUCAUAUCUGCCGUGCUACAAACGAUUUUUGGUCUCGCCCUCUACUUUCCCGAUUCGUUGGAAAUGUUCCUACUGCUGCGCGCCCUGCUCGGCCUUGUCUCUGUGUCCGUGACUUAUGCCGGCCUUAUAUUGGCCAUUGAAUAUGUGGAUGGCAAAUGGCGCACCAUAGCUGGCAUGUACAAUUUAUUCCCACUGCCAAUUUCGUACAUGUUGAUCGCAGGUAUUGCCUAUCUGACGCAGGACUAUCAGAGGCUACAACUCUGCAUUGGCAUACCAGGCAUAUUCCUGUGUUUUCUAUGGUUUGUUGUACCCGAAUCUCCGCGCUGGCUGUUGGUCAAAGGCCAUAUUGCCGAGGUGAAAAUUAUUGUGGAGCGCGCUGCUAAAUUUAAUGGUCGACAGCUGCCAGCCGACUUUGAGUCAAUGCUCAAACCACCGACACAGGAAGAAUCUUCACAGAAUUGCAUCAGCCUCUUCAAAUCGGGUUACCUGCGUUGUGUGACGAUUUGCUUUCUAUGCAUUUGGUUUACCAUGAAUUUGGUGUAUUAUGGCUUGAUAUUGAAUAUGAGUUCAUUUGGCGGAAAUGUUUAUUUGAAUUCGGCUUUAGCUGGCCUAGUCGAAAUUCCUGCCAUUGCCAUUGCCAUGUACAUUAUCACUAAGGUUGGCAAAAAGUGGCUAUUCUGCGCCACAUUCAUCUGUACGAGCAUCGCCUGCUGUUGCGCGGCCAUUACCGAGGGCAAUGAUGACCAACUCUGGCUGAAGAUUACAUUCCUCAUGAUUGGCAAAUUCACUAUCAGCGCCGGCAACACUAUAAUGCCCGUCUACACUGCUGAACUCUACCCGACCGCCAUACGUAAUGUAGGUGUUGGCGCUUGUAAUGUGGCCGCUGGUGCAGCACUCAUACUCACACCAUAUCUAUCUUUGUUGAAUAAAAUUGAGAUUCACUUUAUGAUGACGCUGCUCACAGCAUUUGCAUUCUUUGGUGGUUUUGUUGUCUUGUUCCUACCUGAAACUACAGCUGCUCAAACGAAAUCAGAGCCACAAGAGCAAAAAUGUUAGAAUUGACCCACUUUUAUGUGAAUACGAGUACUAUCCUCCCGAAUGAUAAAACGCAAGCAAAAUAAAAUUGGCGUAUGUCAAAAUACAACAAAGUUACUUAGUAAAAUAAAUUUGGCCCACUUGUCGCUGUCAACUUUCAAAACUGUCGAACUGCUAUGGCGAGCAGUAAGGUCUUUAAAAUGUAAGAGAAAAAGUAAUGAAAACAAAAACAUAAAGUACAUAUGAAUGCAUUAUUAAGAAUAAGAAAAUUGAAAAUAAUUAUUUGUAUUUUGGCUGGACCAAAAUAGUUACACAUACAGAUAAACACAACAACAAAAACAAAGAAAUGUAACUAACAGAAGUAAAAACUGAUAAUAUCAUUUCAUACAAAUCCACUAUACAACAAGUAUUUACUUAAGCAUGCAUACUUACAUACAUAUAAACACAGGCAAAUAAUUUUCAACAUAUCAGUGCAACAACUAGACAAAGUUAUUCCUGACGAGUGACAUUAAAUUUGUGAUUAUUUUUUAACAAACGAUCACAAUAAGCUUCCGAACUGAAAGUGGAAGUUGCAAAAAAAAAAAACAAAACAAACAAAUAUCAUGAAAACAACUUCGUCUAUGUGUGCAUGUAUGUAUGUAAGUUAUUCACUAUUUAACCACACCCACACAAAUUUAAGAUUAAAUACAAAAACAAAACAGUUAAGUGCAAACAGUUAUUCAAUACAGGCAGGACCUUUUGUUGCAAAUUCAUAAUAUUUAAGAAAAAUGUUUUUAAUGAAAAAUGUUAAGGAGCAAGAAAUUAUCACUGAAAUGAUGAAAUA